UCUUGCUUCUUGUUUGGUCUGACUCUGGGUGCUGAGUCUCCUUCAGAUGAACAUGAAGGGAAGCUACAGAGAGGAAACUGUCCCAUGUUCUGGUUCAGCUUCAACGGCCGCUGCUACAAGUAUGUUGCCACUCACAUGUCCUGGGCUGAUGCAGAGCUCAACUGUGUGUCGGAGAAAGCCAACCUGGUGUCUAUCCACAGUCUGAACGAACAUAAUUUUGUCAGAUCCCUGAUCAAGAACUUUGACCACGCUGAGGAACUCACCUGGAUCGGACUCAGUGAUGCCCACAAAGAAGGCAAAUGGAUGUGGUCUGAUGGUUGCGCAGUGAAGUUCACCUUAUGGUCUGUGGGACAGCCAGACAAUAGUGGAGGAUCUCAGCAAUGUGUUGUCAACAACGAUUUGAGUGACCACAAAUGGAAUGACGGAAGAUGUUCCUUAACUAUUCCCUCUGUUUGUGCAUCUCGCAUAAACUGUCCUUAGCAACUGACAUUGUCUGAUUCGAGCUGGUCACUGUUCACAUGUCUCUGUUGACAUGAAGUAGGCUUCCAUAAUAAAGAUGUGAAU